GCUGCAACACAAGGUUUCCAACAUGGCGGGCACAGGCUCCCCGGUGUAUGCUACCUGCGGCUGAAGAAAGAGCAGGACACAUGCUGGAAGAAGAAAUCCCUCAAGGACAAGAAGAAGGAGUUAACUUAGAUAAUUGACGUGCAGAGAAAGCCCGCGGCUCCAGCUCCAGCUCCAGCUCCAGCAGCAGGAAACACCUCCCGGAUGACCAUGACUCCUCAGCAGCAGGUUGUCCACCGCCAGCCCCACCCCUCCAUAACCGCCCAGAAAGUCCAGCUUAUUUACAAACUCUUCUUGCUGGAAAAUGCCCGAAAUACUUUGGAACAAGAGCUUCUCAACUUCACCAAGAAGGCCUAUGAAGAGGUUCAAGGUUUCUUCAAUUCAUCUUUUCCCACGAGUGCGUUCAGUGAUCUCGCUAAGGCUUUGGAUACAAAAUGUCAAGCUGUUGACAAGCUCUCGGCUUUAUUAAAGGACCUCACAGUUGACUCACAAAUUUGUGUCAAUAAUGGAGUGAGAACAAACCAACUUCAGCCCCUCAGAGAAAAAGGGAUCCUAAUGACAGAUGUUCUCAAGUUUGGGCCCAUGUUGCAGAACUCGCUCAUGGCAAGCUCCAUUGCCAAAGCUGUCCACGUGCUUGGAGCCACACUGUCCCUUCAGCAAAUGAAACAUUUCCUCAUCUCCCCGCCUGCAGCGGUCCUGCAAGAAGACGUGAUAUGCGACAGCUACAGCAGUACCGUAACGACUACAAGCACAUCCUCUUACCUAAGGGCUGAUGAAAAAGAACUUGCUGUUGUUUUUGAGGAGAGACGCCCACCAGAUGCUGCGAUUCUUCCACCUGCCAUUAUUCAAACUCCCACGAUGAGUGCAGAGAGGCCACCAAUACUGCUACCUCCCAUACAGGCUAUAUUCCCUGAGAUGUGUAACCCCAAACCAGUGAAAAUAAGGCCACUAAUAAGCUGGGGAUGUGAGGAUGAUGUCCAGGUGCAACACCAAAAACAAACAUCCUCUCAGCUGCUUCACUUCCUCAGAGCAAAAGCUAAAAACAUGGGUGCACUAGAGGUCAGUGUCAUGGAGUGGAGUAAAAGUGCGUACACUUCAAGUACUGGUUCGCCACAGUCGAUGUCACCUCCCAUCAAAACAGAAAGCUAUCAGUUCAGACAUGUGACAGAUAAUCUGAUCAAUGCACACGCUCCAAAAACCCUGAGUGCAGACAUUGAAAACCAAGCCCCAGUCUUCAGAGUAAAGCGAGUGGAAUCAAGUGGCUCUCUGACGUACACUUGUGUGAUUGCAACAAAGACCGAAUUGUGGGAUAUUGGAGACAUCUUCACAGAGGUGGGACAGGGGGACUCUGAGGCCAGUCUCUUGGAAACAAAAGACUGCCAGAGCACAACAGCUCAGGUGGAGAACUCCUGUGUAAACAUCCAGUGGAAAACUCUCCAGUGCACAGAACCUGAACAUGGGAGCAAUUCUGCUGGUGCAAAAACGCCAUCCAUCGGUGAUAUCUCUAUUCCUGAGUUCCAGAUCAGGAGGUUUGAAGAGAGCGAAGUUGUGGUGUCUCAUAUUGUCAGCCCAGGCAACUUCUACAUCCAACACGCAGACUACAUCACGAAGCUGCAGGCCCUGAUCACAGACAGCUGGAAAGCCAGUAGUUCAUAUGCUGAGCAGAACUGCAUUCCAGACAUUGGAACCAAAGUAAUGGGUUGGUUCCCUAAGCACGAACAAUGGUGCAGGGCUCAGGUGACGAAGAUAUGCGGAGUAAGUGGAGAUAAUAAUGCCACUGAGGGUGUUGGGAGUGAGACAUCCAUCAAGGUGGAGGUGAAGAGGCUGGACUACGGUGACACUGCCUGCCUGUCACUGUGGAACAUCAAAGAGCUGACCCCAGAAAUGGCUGUCCUCCCACUUCAGGUUGUACAGGUCUCACUGGCAAAUGUGACGCCUGUGAAUGGGAGUGAUUGGUCUGAGGAGGCAGUGGACUGGUUCCAAGCAAUGGUGCACAACAGGACGCUCUAUGCCAGACUUUACCCACAGGGGCCUAAAGUUACAGUCGAGCUGUUCUUGGAAAAGGGAAAGCUUGGAGCUAUGAGGAGGGGUGCAUCUCUGUCUUUGAGGCUGGCCCAGAACGGACACGCAAAACAUAACAAACUGAAGAAUGUUGCUGUCAAGAAUAAAAGCACUGUUCAACUUAAAAUGAGACAACAGGAGUCUGAGUGGGAGAAAUACCUCAUCUCGUGCUAUACUCAAAGCAAGAGGUAAUUCAGAAUGCACUGUGUUGUUUUGUUGUUGUCCUUUUUGUCUGGAUUGUCUGACAUCCAAACCAGUGUGAAAACACUGAGAAGAUUUAAUGAUUCUUAAUAAAUCGUCCAUCAUUGACCAUCUGUGAACAUACAGUGGACUGAAAGUAAAGGCUACACACUGACACACUGCUAUGAUUGGCACUUGGCAGUACAAGGAUAUUUAUAUAUAUUUAAAAAAAUUGUAAAUGUGAAUUUUGUAUGAAACUGAAGGCAUUGACUGGAUUAGUACACAUUAAGUAAAUCAGCUUUCUUCUGUGUUUGUAUGUUUUACAUUGCAGUUCAAAACUAGGUCUAAUCUAUAUGAGUGUAAAGCUAAUGUUCCCUGUCACAUUGGAAUUAAAGUUUUUUUGUUGUUGCAUAAAUUCCAUUUUUGUUUUUUUUAGAGUCUAAUAGAUUGUGACUUUUAAAGCCUUUUUUAUAUACAUGUAUAAUUUAUGGGGAUGUGGACACCAAAUUGUGGUGCAUGUUGUUUUAUUUUGAACAUGUUUCCCCCUUAAGGCGUAGUUUUGUAUGUCUUCAAUCUAUAUUUACACAUUUAUGUGCACAGUGUGUCUCAAGUCCUUAUUCCAGCACUGCGUUGAGUUCAGUCCCAUUACAUCCCCUCCUAAGUGAUACUGAUAUGCCACAUACAAUAGGACUUUGUUAUUUCAUUUUUUUAUGUAUGACUUUCCUUUGAUGAUCAUUAUUAGAGCCAUGUUGUCUUGGUUAAUAUUGAGUUCUUGUACAAUGGCAGAUAUAUUAUGAAUGUACAGCACGUACUGUAAAUCUCUGCUUUUGUAAUAAAACGUAUGUACAAUUGUA